GUCUGUUUUGUACAGAUUAUAUAUUGUUCUAAUGUAAAACGAGUCAUUCUAACGUAUAAGUGAAUGAUUCAUUCAGUUUACUUCACGAAAUUAAAAAAGACUGGCAAAAUGUUGUGUUGGCCUACACAAUUUUAACGAACAGAUAUUUUCAAUUUCAACAUUUAAUUGCAUUUAGAGAUCCUUAAAAAUAAAUUAUAGGCUUUUUAUCUUAAUGUAUUUAAUAUCAACAUAAUCAUUGCAUAAUCAUUGACAAGAUAGAGGGAAAUGCAAACUAAAACACAAUUUAUGAGAUCUAUGUUAUUAAACGGUGAUACAGUCUGUUGAUCAUACAUUCGAUAUAUACUCAAACGUAAUAUACAAUUCUAAACAUUAUACGUCGGAACAUCCUUUCUUAUUUCUGUGCAUUGCGAUCAAGGACCUUGAUCAACGCACAUAACCAUGAGGAUCUUGUUUCUCGUGUCGAUCGUUUGUAUCUAUGCAGUUCAUGAAACAAAUGCAGGAGCUUCAUGUUGCUACAAGGGGAAGGUGUACAAGACUGGGGCCAAAUUUAAAGACGAAUGCAAUAGGUGCAAAUGCAACUUCAACCCAAUCAAAGAUUUCGUGACUUGCACCAAGAAAAACUGCACAGAGCAAUGCAAAUUUAAAGACUGUAAAAGGACAAAAUGUCCCAAUAUCUGUUGUCCACAAGAUUCACAUAUACCUCCGGGAAGAUGCUGUCCAGUGUGUAAUAUGAAACUGCCAAAGGCGAUGCAAAUGGCUUUACCCAAUAAGGCUAUCCCAACGGUAUGUAAUGGAGAUAUUUGUAAAAUGCACUGUCGCUAUGGACACCAAAAAGACAACAAUGGAUGCGACAUAUGUGACAAAUGCAAUAUGGAUCCAUGUUUCUCCUAUAACUGUCCUGGAAAUACAACCUGUGAUGUGAUCAAUGGUACAGCAGGUUGCAAAAAAUGCAGUCAAAUAAUAUGUGAGAUGUACUGCCAGUUUGGUUUCCAGACGGAUAGCAAUGGUUGCGAGAUAUGUAAAUGUAAAACUAAUCCGUGUAUGGCUGAUCCAAGCCCUUGUUCAAAGAGCAGCGCCAAUCCCGUGUGUGUCGUACGAAACAAUAAGGCAGUCUGUGAGAAAUGUCCUGGGAUUUGCAUGAUGUCUUGUGAAUAUGGGUUAAAGACAGACAGUGACGAUUGUCCAGUGUGUGAAUGUAGAAGUAACCCGUGUACACAGUCGAAAUGUCCAUUAGACAGGCCGUAUUGUGUUGUGGAAAACUACAAGCCAGUUUGUCAAAAAUGCGGUCCCAUCAGGUGUAGCAUGUUCUGCCAAUUCGGAUUGGAGACGGAUUCAGAUGGUUGUCAUAUAUGUAAAUGCAAAGACCAUCCGUGCAUGAAAAUGACUUGUCCUCCUUUAUACAUCUGUGAAGCUCAAAAAGACACAGCAUGUAAGAAAGCCCAUUGCCCUGCGAUUGCCAAAUGCAAAGAUCACCCCGCCUUAGCAUGUGUACAUCCAGAAAAAGAUGCAACUGGAAGUAUAAAAACCUGCACUGGUACUAAGAAGGUCAAUUGCAGUGAUGACUACACUUGUCAGAUGUCCCGAGGCCAUUUCCCGGAUGUAUGUUGUCCUCUGGCGCAAUGUAGGUACUUCCAUAGGCUUUACAAUAUCAAUGAAAUCGUACCUUCUCUUGACGGUUGCAAUACUUGCUUCUGUAUGGGUGACGGUAAAAUUGGAUGCACUACGAAGGCGUGUCCUAAAAGAGGCUGUGCCCAUAAUGGAAAUAACUAUAUGCACGAAGAAAGUUUUCCUCGUGGCGACGGCUGUAACACCUGUAAAUGUUCUGAUGGGGAUGUUGAUUGCACUAAAGUCUACUGUGCCCACUGUGAGGAGAAUGGUUUACUUUAUGCUGUAGGUGAAUAUGUGAACCGAAAUGACCCCUGUCUGAUAGAUCAAUGCACAAAUAAUCCAUUAGACAUUACGAGUGCUAAAAUCGUGUGUGCCGUCAGAUAUAGUUGCACCCAAGUUCCGGGCCUCACUCCUUAACUUUCACCCAGUCCUGACAGGUGACUCCAAGACUGUAUCGCACAAAGAUAUUUUGGACAUUUGGAAUUUGAAAAUGGAGCUCAGGAGAAAAUAUUCACAAAUUUAAAGAAACUUAAAAAAUUAA